AUGGACUACGAGCGGCUACCCAAACGACUCUUUCACAGAGAUGUCGCCAGGGGAUCUCGCCAACAAGGAGGCCAAGUCUGUCGAUACAAGGACACCCUGAAGCGUCUGCAGACCAACCCGGCGAAAUGUGAAGAUCUUGCUAGAGACCGAAAAACCUGGAGGAGGUCAGUGAUGACAGGCGCAUCGAUCUACGAGACCAACCCUGGCACCGCUGCUGCAGCCAAACUCGAGACUCGCAAAUCACAAAUGCGCCCACCUCCUAACGCCAACGCUCAACCAACCCCGAUCUGCUCACGUUGCCAGCGGACGUUCCGGGCACCUAUAAGCCUUACAGGACACCCUCGUGCUAACUGCAGCACCCAGAAUACAUCAGCCGCUGUCUCCUCAUCCAGCCCUGCCUCGUCCUCUACGUCGACAAUCAACAUUGACAGCACUCCCGGACCCCCACUACAACCCCCCUCCUCCUCCUUCUCCUCCGCCUUCUUCUUCUUCUUCUUCUUCUUCUUCUUCUCCAUUGCCUCAACAUCCGCCACGGUGGCUCAUGUAACCACCACCACUGCAUACAAUCCUGACCUCAACCUACAUCCCGUCGCCUAUCGUGUUCAUCAUCGACAGCCCCAUCACUGCCGCCAUCUUCGAAUCCAACACGGACACUGCCGAAUCUUUCUGCCCACACUGUCCCCGUACAUUCACCUCACACAUCGGCCUGAUCGGUCAAUUGUAAAUCCAUCGCAUAGACACUGGCGAACCAGUGCCUAA